AUGGCCGGCAAACCUCUUAUUUUGUAUUUGACUGUGAACAAGAAUUCUAUGAGAUGUGUGUUGGGACAACAUGAUGGAACCGAGAAGAAAGAACGGGCAGUAUAUUACUUGAGCAAGAAGUUCAUGGAGUAUGAGUCCAAAUAUUUUGCGCUCGAAAAGAUGUGUUGUGCACUAGCAUGGACCGCCCGAGGCUCUGACAAUCCCAUCAAGUAUAUCUUUGAAAAACCCUGCCUGUCUGGAAGAAUAACUCGAUGGCAAGUGCUAUUGUCUGAGUAUGACAUUGUGUAUGUGUCUCAAAAAUCAAUCAAAGGGAGUGUCAUCACUGAUUUCCUUGCAGAUCGAGCUAAUAAGGAUUAUGAAUCUGUAAGUUUCGAUUUUCUAGAUGAAGAUUUGAUGGCCGUCUUACACAUAAAAAAUGGUGGUCCCAAUGAACUUAAUCCAUGGAAGGUGUAUUUUGAUGGAGCAUCCAAUGCUUUGGGGUAUGGAAUCGGGGCAGUGUUGAUUUCUCCAAAUGGAAAGUACUAUCCAGCCACAGCAAGAUUGAAUUUCAAUUGUACUAACAAUAUGGCGGAGUAUGAGGCGUUGGUAAUGGGAUUACAAGCAGCGAUUGAGAUGGAGGUUGACGCGAUAGAUGUUUACGGAGAUUCGGCUUUAGUAAUAUGUCAAAUGAGAGGCGAAUGGGAAACUAGAGAUUCUAAACUAGUUCCAUAUAAAAAGCUGGUUACAGAAUUAAGCAAACAGUUCAAAAAAAUCAGCUUCAACCAUUUACCUCGAGAAGAGAAUCAGAUUGCUGAUGCUUUGGACACCCUCGCAACGAUGUUCAAAAUAAAAGAGGCGGCUGAUGUACGCCCUUUUGAUUUAGAAGUCCGUGAAGUCUCCGCACACUACUUGAAUGUUGAAGAAGAGGUUGAUGGUAAGCCGUGGUGUCAUGAUAUCAUGCAAUACAUCAAGCACCAGGCAUAUCCUGAGAAUGUCACGGACAAUGACAAGCGAACUCUUAGAAGAUUAGUAAUGGGUUUCUUCCUUAACGGAGAAGUGCUCUACAAAAGGCGUCGAGAUCAAGUGGUCUAA